AUGACUAAGUCGGGCAACACAGAAACGUUUUGGAGAUAUCGGCUGCAGCUUUUGAGCCUGUACGCAUUGACCUGUAACAGCACGUUUGAGCGUGACGCACAGCGAUGCGACGGUGAAACCCACAACUUCGCUUUGAUGACCAAAAACCCCAAGCUAUCAAAACUCACCACCAACUUCACGCCAGCUUUUCUUCUUGGCAAGGUUGGCAAAUUGUCCACCGUGAAACGAAACAAAAGUAGAUUGCCCUCGUGCAUGAUGCGCUCCCCCUCGGCCAACUCAAAAACCAUCUUCCUUUGGUCAUCAGCAUUGGUCGUGUACAGCCAAAGAACGGAGCUGCUUCGAUCCAGUUUCGGCGCACCCCUUUAA